AUGAGUGCCAACGGCAUUGAGUCAAAGAUGGAGAACCUCGACGUGAAAGAGCCGCCAGUCGCAACCUCAGAGUCUGCAACUGGCAAAGACAAACCAAAGAAGCAGGACAAGGAGAGGAAAGACAAGAAGAAGGAAGUAAAAUCAAAGCCGCAACAAAUGCCAGCCAAGAAGAAGCAGGAGGGCCCCGAGCUCAUUGGCAUCACGGAGCCCAAAACGGGGGAUCUCUCGGAAUGGUACCACCAGGUCAUUCUGAAGGGUGAGAUGCUUGAUUUCACGGAUAUUCCAGGAUGCUACAUCUACCAGCCUGCCUCGUACAGAAUAUGGGAAUUCAUUCAGGACUUCUUCAACGAGCGCAUUCGCAAGAUGGGCGUCAAGAACUGCUAUUUCCCUCUCUUUAUUUCGGAGGCAAAUCUGCAGCGAGAGAAGGAUCAUAUCGAAGGUUUCGCGGCGGAGGUUGCGUGGGUCACAGAAGGCGGAAAGUCGAAGCUGGAGAAGAGAUUGGCUGUGCGUCCUACCUCGGAAACUGCCAUGUACAGCUUCUACAGCAAGAAGAUUCGGUCGCACAGAGAUUUGCCUUUGAAGAUGAACCAGUGGAACAACGUUGUGCGGUGGGAAUUCAAGCACGCCGUUCCUUUCUUGCGGUCGAGAGAAUUCUUGUGGCAGGAGGGCCACACGGCGCACUUGACGGAGGAGGGUGCCGGAGAGGAAGUACUCCAGAUCUUGGACUACUACGCCGCAAUCUACGAAGAUCUUCUUGCCGUUCCCGUCGUGAAGGGCCAGAAGACCAAGAACGAACAGUUCCCGGGAGCACACUACACCAAGACUAUCGAAGGCUUCAUUCCCGCCGUAGGGCGAGGUAUCCAAGCUGCAACAUCCCACUGCCUCGGCCAGCACUUCGCGAAAAUGUUCGAUAUCACAGUGGAGGAUCCAAGCCAGGAGGUCAAGGAGGGCGAGAAGCGGAACAAGGUACACGUCUGGCAGAACAGCUGGGGUUUCACCACACGAUCCAUUGGUGUCAUGGUGCUCGUCCACGGUGACGAUAAAGGCUUGGUCAUCCCACCUCGAGUAGCAGAGGUCCAAGCUGUCAUUGUCCCUGUCGGCGUCACUGCCAAGACGACAGAGGAGGAUCGCAAGCAGCUGUACGACGAGGUCGACCGUCUGCAGACUGUGCUUGAGGAGGCAGGCCUGCGUGUGGAGAGCGACAUGCGCGAGGGCUACUCCCCAGGGUACAAAUUCAAUGACUGGGAGCUCAAAGGCGUCCCACUUCGUCUCGAGUUUGGACCAAAAGAUCUCGCCAACGGUGUCGUCACCACUUCCCGGCGUGAUCAGGACGCGAAGACAGGCAAGGGCACGAUCGCUCUCAGCGAGAUCGCCACGAAGGUCCCCGAGCUGCUCGAGACCAUUCAGAAGGACCUUUUCCAAAAGGCAUCGGAUGAGUACGCAUCGCACCGCAAGAUCAUCCGUGACUGGAAGGACUUUGUCCCCACUCUCAACGACAAGAACGUCCUCGUCGUCCCGCACUGCUUGGGCGGCGACUGCGAAGACGAAAUCAAGAAGGAUUCGGCCGGCAACAUCGAGGGCCAGGAAGUCGACGCUCGUGCCCCGUCUAUGGGCGCCAAGUCGCUCUGUAUCCCGGCUGAGCAGCCCGAGGCGAUCGCGGAGGGCACCAAGUGCAUCAACCCCAAGUGCGGCCAAAAGGCUGAGCAGUGGGUCAUGUUCGGACGCAGCUAUUAA